UUACAAAGGUGAAUGAAUUGCACCAUCUGUCUCCUGGAAAAUAUACUGUAUUACAACGACAACGUCUUGAGAGAAAGCGAAAAUCAGAGAGAGAAAAAGAGACCACAAGAACGGCUAAGUUGAAAAGAAUGUCGAAAAAGGGCAGAAAAAUCAAGAAAGAAAAAUCAAAAGAAAUAAGAGAAGGGAAAACUUACGAAUCGGGCGUAUCAUCGGCUACUACCUUUACAAACACUGAUGACAAUAUCAUUGAGUUUAUACCCCCACCUGAACCAGAAGCUGAAGCUUGGCCCAUACCAUUAAAAGAAACGACAUGUGUCUAUUUUGACCUAGAAACAACAGGAUUCGGAAUCUGCUCUGAUAUAAUACAAAUUGCAGCAGCAUAUGGACAGAACACAUUCUGUCGUUAUAUAGUUCCGAAACAAGCCAUCACAUGUUCCGCUGCUAAAGUUACUGGUUUUUCAAAAAGUGGCCAAAUAUUAUACCGGAACGGUGAAAUCAUGCCAACAGAUGAUAUACAAGACAGUCUUAAAGAAUUUAUUAAUUGGUUACCUGACAACUGUAUAUUACUUGCGCAUAAUGCAAAGCUUUUUGAUUCCAGAGUUAUAGUUUAUUCAAUGGAGAAUAAUUUAUCAUUUAAUAGUUUUAAACAAAAAUGUAAGGGUUUUGUUGACUCGUUACCUUUAAUGAGAACUGUGCUUCCAGAAAGGAAACAAACGGGGAAACGAUUUAACCAGGAGAGCUUAGUAUUUGAUAUUCUUGGCGUAAAAUAUGACGCACAUAAUGCAGUGGGAGAUGUCAAAUCCCUCCAGCAACUAGUAGAACAUUUCGCGCUUACACAUGAGAAAAUUACACCACACUCUUUCUCGGUGGAAUAUGUUUUACUAUCUGUCAGACAACUGAUUUCGUUCAAUAAGAGACUGGCGUCGUUCACUAUACCGGCGUCAGUUUUAUCUAAAGGGAUGGUACGGAAAAUGGCGAAAUCCGGACUGGAGCAGCGCCAUUUAAUAUUGGCAAAUGAACGCGAAGGGUCUGAUGGUGUUGCCAAUCUGUUAUCGGAACUUUUUUUUGGAAAACCCAGAGUCACAAAAAACAGAAAAAUUAUAUCAUCAGUUACUUCUUAUUUUGAGUCAAGACAUUAAAAUUAUUUCUAUUUUCAUGCUGUUAUCGAACAUUUGCAAUCAUGUAAUUUACAAAGUCUUUUCGUCUGUUAUAGUAAUUUGUUUAUACAUAAUUACUGAUUAUGACCAUGUCAUAUUUUUUUUUUUACAAUUAAUGAUAUCUUUUAAAAUACUUUUCUAUAAAAGGGGGUCUGAUCUGGGUUUA